UGUCUUUUCUGCUCAUAUCAUUAAUUCGUAGAUAUACAGUAUAUACUGAGAUCUCCAGUUGCGUAGAUACUGUGCGCUGCUCUGGCUCAAAGCACACUAGAGACAGAUGACAACGGUGGUUCCAAGCUCCAUGAGCAUAUCAAAAAUAGAUAAGGAAAAUGGGGUCAUUGAUUCUUCAACAGAACUUGAUGCUGGAGCUUUGUUUGUCCUCCAAUCAAGAGGAUCUUGGAUACACUGUGGAUUUCAUUUGACAACAUCAAUCGUCGGUCCGGUGAUCUUUAGCCUUCCCUUUGCUCUGGCCUUACUAGGCUGGGUACCUGGAGUUCUAAUCAUAACUCUUGCAGCUUUAGUGACUUUCUAUGCAUACAAUCUUCUAUCUGCUGUUUUGGAGCACCAUGAAAAGCUUGGGAAACGGCAAAUUCGAUUCCGAGACAUGGCUAGAGACAUUCUAGGACCUGGAUGGGGCAAGUUUUUUGUGGGGCCACUUCAAUUUUCAAUAUGCUAUGGUGCUGUUAUUGCCUGUACUCUUCUUGGAGGGCAGAGCCUGAAGUUCAUUUACUUGCUGUACAACUCAAAUGGAACAAUGCAGCUGUACCAGUUCAUAAUUAUUUUUGGAGCUGCAACAUUAUUCUUGGCACAAAUGCCAUCUUUCCAUUCUCUGAGGCAUAUUAACCUUUUCUCUUUGAUCCUUUGUCUUGCUUACAGCGCCUGCGUCGCAGCAGGAUCCAUACAUACUGGAAAAUCCAAGAAUGCACCUUCUAAGGACUAUUCCAUUAAAGGAUCUCAAGAAAACCAGUUUUUCGGUGCUAUUAAUGCCAUUUCGAUCAUCUCUACCACAUAUGCAAGUGGAAUUAUCCCUGAAAUACAGGCAACUAUAGCCCCCCCAAUCAAGGGCAAGAUGUUCAAAGGCUUAUGCAUGUGCUAUGCUGUCAUAGUCAGUACCUAUUUCAGUGUUGGCAUUUCAGGUUAUUGGUCAUUUGGCAACCGAGCUCAGCCAACAAUUCUAGCCAAUUUUAUGGGUGAUGGCCAGCCACUGCUGCCUAGAUGGUUUCUUCUGCUAACCAACAUCUUCACUCUCAUGCAAGUGACUGCUAUCGCUCUGAUUUACUUGCAACCCACAAACGAAGUUUUCGAAAAAUGGUUUGCGGACCCAAAGAUGGAUCAAUUCUCCAUCCGCAAUGUUAUACCAAGGUUGAUUUUUCGAUCAUUGUCUGUUAUAACCGCUACAUUUUUGGCUACCAUGCUACCUUUCUUUGGAGACAUCAUGGCAUUGUUUGGAGCAUUUGGAUGCAUUCCUUUGGAUUUCAUUUUGCCAAUGGUCUUCUACAAUGUCACUUUUAAGCCAUCUAAGAAGGGCCUGGUUUUCUGGGGAAACACGUUGAUAGCUGUAGUAUCAACGUUGUUGGCGGCAGUAGGAGCAGUAGCUUCUGUUAGACAAAUAGUUCUCGAUGCCAAGACUUAUAGCUUGUUCGCUGACGUAUAAUAUUAGCCAUGGACUAGAAUUACUGUAAGUUCAUAUAGUCUGUAAGCACCAUGUCUAUCACAAGUACUGCAAUGCUUGCUGCUUUCUUUUAACGAACGGAGACUCUUGGACCAAA